AUGCUGCAUAAGAAGCUGGAGCAGCUGGGAGCUGUUAAACAGGGAAACUUCUGGGUGGACUGCGAGACGUACCACGCCACGGGAAACACCACCGGUCAGCCGUCGAAGCUGCUGUACGUGAUGCAUAACUCGGAGACACCGCUGAGCAGCAUGGCUCUGUUCGAGGGCGGCCCGGGUCUCACCGCCGACGCUAACUUCGACGUCCUGAUGGUCAAACUCAAGAGUCACUUCCAGAACGCCAAGGGACAUAAAGUGGAGAGCCGCGGCACACGUUACCGCUACUGCGACUUCCUGGUGAAGAUCGGCACCGUCGCCAUGAGCUCCAGCGCCAGAGGCAUUUCAGUCGAGGUUUGAAUGUGCUCAACGGGGCUCGUACGAAUAAACUGUGAUUCAUUAAUAACUUUACCAAU